AUGGCCUCGGUUCUGCAGAAGCUUAUCACUCCGCUGUUCAGCGGGCCUGCAGAGCCGCCCAGGAACAAGAUCACCGUGGUGGGGGUGGGACAGGUGGGGAUGGCCUGUGCCAUCAGCAUCCUGCUACAGGAGCAUUGUGAUGAGCUAGCCUUGGUGGAUGUGAUGGAGGACAAGCUGAAAGGAGAAAUGAUGGAUCUUCAGCACGGAAGCCUCUUCCUGAAGACCCCAAAAAUAGUGGCCAGCAAAGAUUACUCGGUAAGUGCCCACUCUCGCAUCGUGGUGAUCACGGCUGGUGUUCGGCAGCAGGAGGGCGAGAGCCGACUGAACCUGGUGCAGAGAAACGUCAACAUCUUCAAACACAUCAUCCCCCAGAUCGUCAAGCACAGCCCACACUGCAUCCUGAUCGUGGUGUCCAACCCAGUGGAUGUAUUGACCUACGUGACCUGGAAGCUGAGCGGUCUGCCUAAGCACCGUGUGAUUGGCAGCGGCACCAACCUGGACUCCGCCCGCUUCCGCUACCUGAUGGCCAACAGGCUGAACAUACACCCCAGCAGCUUUAAUGGCUGGAUCCUGGGAGAGCACGGGGACUCCAGCGUUCCUGUCUGGAGCGGCACCAAUGUGGCUGGAGUGAGCCUUCAGGAGCUCAACCCAGACAUAGGCACGGAGAAUGACGUGGAGAACUGGAAGGAGACACACAGGAAAGUUGUGGAAAGUGCAUAUGAGGUGAUUAAGCUGAAGGGCUACACCAACUGGGCCAUUGGUCUGAGUGUGGCUGACCUGGUGGAGAGCCUGAUGAAGAACCUCAACAGGAUCCAUCCAGUAUCCACUAUGGUGAAGGGGAUGUUUGGUAUAGGUGACGAGGUGUACCUCAGCCUGCCAUGCGUCCUGAACAGCAGCGGAGUGAGCAGCGUCAUCAAUGUGACUCUGACAGAGGAGGAGACGGCGCAGCUGAAGGACAGCGCGCAGACACUCUGGGACAUCCAGAGGGACCUCAGAGAUCUGUAG